AUGGCAUCACAUUAUGACCUUGUUCAAAAAGGAUCAGAUGCUUAUAAAGGGUUGAGAUCGCUUGUUCAGAUUCUUAAUUCUUCAAAUGAGGAAACACAGGAACAUGCAGCUUCUGUCUCGGCUGACCUCUUCAGCAUUCGUCAAGAUAUAUGUGAUAGUCUUGAAACUGGGGAUGUGAAGCCUCUGAUCAAAUUAGCCAAAACAUCAUCUUCCAUUGAUGCUGCAGAGACUGCUGUAUCUGCAUUAACCAAAGUGAAGCGACUCCUCCUGCCAACUAAGCUUUCCGGUAGUACCAAUGAUGGCAAGAAAAUUGCCAAAACCGAUGAUUUCACCUAA